CUGGUAUCCAGACGAGUUACAAAAAAUAGCUCUUAAAAAUUUAUUUAUUUAAAACCUAUUUUAUUUAAUUUUUGAGUGUGAAAAUAUUCAUAACGGUUAUUUAUUAACGGCAACGUCUAAGACAAUAACGAAUUAAUAUUUGUUAAUUUCGAGCAAUAUUCGAUGUUCAAUGCCAACAAAAUUCAUUUAUAUUGAUUGUCAUCAAGAUAAAAUCAAUUCAAGUUGAAAAUUUUCAGUGGCAAAAUUAAAGUUAAAAGCGUGAAGCCAUAAACAUGGAAGAAAUAAAGUCAAAUGUCAAACCCAGAAGAAAACACCCACUUGAUAAUGCUGAUAUAAUUUCUUGGUUACUAUUUUUCUGGUUACUUCCGUUUUUCAAAGAAGGCUACAAAAAGGAACUAACAGAAGAUGACAUCUUUGAACACAGAAAAAGUCACGAUUCGGGCCAAUUGGGUGAUAAAUUAGAAGCAACUUGGAAUAAGCUAUCUGCCAAUAAUAAGAAGCCAUCUUUGAUCAAAGCUAUAAUCCAAACAUUCUUUUUGGAAGCUCUGCUUUUAAACUGUCUUAUUUUUACAGAAGAAAUGAUUAGAAUUUCUCAACCAUUCUUUAUCACAAAGCUAAUUUUGGUGUAUGAAAAUAACAGAGCAAAUGAAGACAAAAGCGAAAUAUAUAUCUACGCUGCUUUGAUAGUCAUAACUUCAUACAUUUCAAACAAUAUGGCUCACAAUUUCAAUCUAGCGAUCAUGCAGCUUGCUAUAAAAAUUCGAGUAUCAUGUUGUUCUUUGAUCUACAGAAAAGCUUUAAGGUUAAGUAAGUCCGCUUUAGCCGAAACUACAGUUGGUCAAAUGGUUAAUUUACUAUCAAACGAUGUCGGACGAUUUGACCAGGCAAUUUUUUUCUUCCAUUAUACAUAUUUAGCACCAAUAGAAAUGUUAAUCGUGAUGUAUUUGCUGUACGUUAAUGUCGAUAUUACUGCUUUAGCAGGAGCUAUGCUUUUACUCUUGUCGAUUCCUUUUCAGUUUUGGUUAGGAAAAAAGACAUCACAAUUCAGGCUUAGCACUGCUACAAGAACUGACGAAAGAGUACGGUUGAUGAACGAAAUUAUUUCUGGUAUUCAAGUCAUUAAGAUGUACACAUGGGAGUUUCCGUUUGCUAAAUUGGUCGAAUUUGUCAGAAGGACAGAAAUAAAGUACAUUCGCUACACGUCAGUAAUAAGAGCAAUACUCAUCUCCUGUUCUUUGCUCCUAAACAGAUGCGCCGUAGGUAUCUGCAUCCUCACUUACGUUCUAACCGGAAACCCUUUAACAGCAACAUACGCCUAUGCGGUCACUGCAUACUACAGAUUGCUGUAUACGAUCACAAACUAUUUUCCCAUCGCAGUAUCCCAAUCUGCGGAAAUGUACAUUUCCACUAUGAGAAUACAGAAAUUUUUAACGUACGAUGAAGUAAAUACAGACCAAAAGUACAUUUUCGAAAAAUUAAAAACCGACAACAGAAUGUUGAAAAGUAACUCAGAAUUAAGAUUAAAAGGACCUGAUGCGAGAAUCUUCAUAAAAGAAGCUAAUGCUAAAUGGUUAAAAUCUUCACCUGAGAAUAAUUUAGAGAAUAUUAACAUGGACUUGACAGCUGGCAGCGUUACAGCUGUUAUAGGACCAGUUGGUAGUGGGAAAACAACAUUAUUGCAUAUUAUAAUGAAGGAAUUAGAACUGGAAAGUGGUGUUGUUACCGUACAAGGUGUAGUUUCAUAUGCUUCGCAAGAACCUUGGUUAUUCGGAGGUAGUAUACGACAAAAUAUCCUAUUUGGACAGAAGUUCGAUCAAAAGAAAUACAACGAAGUUGUUAAAGUUUGUGCGCUAAAAAAAGAUUUUACUCUUCUGCCUCACGGUGACAGAACUCUAGCUGGAGAACGGGGUGUAACCCUAAGUGGAGGACAACGAGCUAGAAUUAACCUAGCGAGAGCUGUGUACAAAGAAGCUGAUAUAUACCUACUGGACGAUCCUUUAUCAGCUGUUGAUACCCACGUUGGGAAACAACUCUUCGACGACUGCAUAUCUGGAUACCUAGGAAACAAAUGUGUUGUGCUGGUAACUCACCAACUUCAAUACCUAAAAAAAUUAGACAGCAUAUAUUUAAUGAACGCAGGAAAAGUAGAAGCAUCUGGAUCUUACUCGUUUAUCAAAUCCUCGACUAGUCCUUACAGUAAACUCUUGGCGAACAUCGCAGACGAAGAGGAAGAAGUAAGAAGACGAUCAAGACUGAUUUCUAUGAACGAAGAAAUGCAGCAACAGGAGGAGCACGAGAUGCAAGAACUACAGAAAGAGGAAAGGGGUACUGGCAAAAUCGCUGGAAGGGUUUAUCUGAAGUUUGCAAGAGCUGGAGGAUCUAACUUAGAGGUUGCAUGUUUGGUUCUUGGGUUUCUUCUGAGCCAGAUUCUAGAUAGUUCGUCGGAAUAUUUUGUAACAUUUUGGGUAAAUAUUCAGCAAUGGCAUUUACAUACUCUUAAUUUAUUAAAAGAAGUUGCUGCAAAUAACGCAACUUUGGAAAUAAAUUCAACAAUCACGAACACGUCAUCUCUAUUCACCAAUACAUCUCUUCCUCAAGCAUUACCAAGAAGUCCUUUUGAAGAUUGGUGGUUGACGCCUAUAUUUACUACAAACACAGCUUUGUACUAUGCGAUACUUAUUCUAAUUAUAGUAGGUGUAGUGCUCAGUACGUCUUUGGCAUUCUAUAGAUGGUGUCUCAAUGCUUCUACAACGCUACACAAUAGGAUGUUCGUUAACAUUGUGUACAGUCCUAUGAUUUUCUUUAAUAAUAAUCCAUCUGGAAGAAUUUUGAAUAGAUUUUCUAAAGAUGUUGGUACGCUGGAUGAAGUUCUACCUAUGACGUUAAUAGAUACAAUACAGAUUGCUUUAAUGGUUGCUGCUUCAACUAUAGUGAUUGGAAGUUUGACUCUAUGGAUACUGAUACCAACUGUUUUGAUGUCUAUAGCAUUUUAUUUCAUCAGAAUAGUUUAUGUGGCUACUAGUAGGGAUGUUAAGAGAAUUGAAUCAGUUACCAGAAGUCCCGUCUUCACACAUCUAUCUGCUUCACUACAAGGUCUGACUACGAUCAGAGCAUUUAAAGCCCAAAAAAUUCUUAAGAAGGAGUUUGAUCAUUACCAAAACUUAAACAGUUCUGCCUACUUUCUAUACGUAGCUGCUAGCAGAACGUUUGGUUUUUGGUUAGAUUUCUUUUGCAUUUCUUAUAUAGCACUGGUUAUUGCUGCAUUGAUAUUUGUUAAAAGUGAACAAUUUGGUGGAAAUAUGGGUUUGGCUCUAACUCAAGCCAUGGCUUUGACUGGAAUUCUCCAGUGGGGUAUGAGACAGUGGAGCGAAUUUGAAAAUCAAAUGACAUCAGUGGAAAGGGUGCAGGAAUAUGCAGAUUUAGUUCAGGAAAAGGAUCAACCUUCCCAAGUUCCUGAAGACGCAUGGCCCGAAAAAGGACGAAUAGAAUUCAGAGAUGUAUCCUUGAGAUAUUCGCCUGAAGAUGAUUACGUGUUAAAAAAUCUCAAAUUCGUUAUAAAUCCGAGCGAAAAAAUUGGAAUAGUUGGUAGAACUGGAGCUGGAAAAUCAUCAUUAAUUCAAGCUUUGUUUAGAUUGGCUGAUAUCGAUGGAAGUAUUGUAAUAGAUGGAUUUGAUACUAAGACUAUUGCUUUGAAAUUCCUGAGAUCGAAAAUUUCUAUUAUACCCCAAGAACCUGUUUUAUUUUCUGGAACACUAAGGAAGAAUUUAGAUCCGUUUGACGAAUAUAACGAUGAGACGCUUUGGAGUGCUUUGGAAGAAGUAGAACUAAAACAUGUAUUAGAUGAAUUACCAGCAGGGCUGGACAGCAAAAUGGCCGAAGGAGGUUCCAAUUUCAGUGUAGGCCAAAGACAGCUUCUCUGUCUAGCUAGAGCUAUAAUACGUAACAACAAAAUACUAGUCCUAGAUGAAGCCACAGCUAAUGUAGAUCCACAGACUGAUAACUUAAUUCAAACCACUAUACGAAAUAGAUUUGCGAAUUGUACAGUAUUAACCAUAGCUCAUAGAUUGCACACAAUUAUGGAUUCAGAUAAGGUCUUGGUUAUGGAUGCUGGAAAGAAUGUAGAGUUUGAUCAUCCUCACACGCUUUUACAAAAUCAAAAAGGGGUGUUUUCCUCUUUGGUAAGGCAAACUGGAAAAGCGACUGCUAAACAUUUGAGAUCUAUAGCAGAAGAAAAUCAAAGAAUUAACAAUUCGAAUAAUUCUAAUUAA